AACUUAGACUUGGAAUCGCCACUGAUCUUUUCUAGGCAGACAGCCCCCUAACUUGUACAGUUCACCGUUGGCAAAUAAUUCCGUUCCGGCGUCAAACUGGUACCACCCGCCGCACUACGAACGACAGAAGGGUUCUCAUUCGAUCAGUCACGCGCUAAGGAGGUACUUCCAUUCCUAUCUUAUCAAUACAUAUCAUGCGUUCAAAAGACUGUCGUUCUUGCAUCUUUCUUCCUCCAGCAGGUUCACUAAAGGUGUCCCUGGAGACCUGAUGUCUCUGCUCUCCAGACUCGCUUUUCUGUGCUUCAUAGCUAUCGCAAGUGUUGCUGUAGGCGCAGACGUUCGUUCUGCAUAUACUGCCCCUGGAACGUUUCCUACUUCCGUCUAUGAGUCGUACUGGAACGACCCUACUGCUACGUCUGCUCAACCACAACCUGUUAUCUCUGAUCCGGCUACGCAUUCAGACUUCCCGGAGAUGCUGACCGAUCCGGCAAACUUCCCAAAAAACGAUACAGUUGACCCUCAUCCGCUACCGACACCUUUGCAGCCGACUCAGCUGCUUCAGCAAGCAAUUGGGCAAAUCAAGUCCGUCGCAUCUAACUCCGUGCUCGACACUUGUGCGAAAUGUCAAUCUUCUUUCGCAAUUGCCAAGAUGCUCGUUCUUGCGGCCCCCGAACAAGGCCCGUUGCUCGCAGAGGCUAUUUGCAUAUACUUUAAUUUCUCUUCGACUUGUUACAAUGAGUAUAGCGAGCUUGCCCUUGGAUCUGUUUUUACACAAGUGGUGGCUCUUGGUGACAUGAGCGGGUACGACGGACAGCUCAUUUGUUCGCGCCUUCUGAACUUAUGUCCCGUCCCACCAACCGUGCCUUUGAACAUGACAGGUUGGUUUGCGAAGCCAAAACCUAACCCUUUGCCUCCUCCAAAACAGCCGAGUGGUGAACGCUUAAAGGUUCUCCACGUCAGCGACAUCCACAUCGACCCUCGAUAUGCCACUGGAUACGAGGCGAACUGUACGGCAUACCUCUGCUGUCGUGAAAACGUGUGGAAUGCUGCUUCGCCUGGUCGUGUCGUUCUUCCUGCCCCUCGAUAUGGGUCAUAUCUUUGCGACACGCCGAUGUCUCUGAUGCUCUCCGCAAUGGAGGCUAUUCCUGUACUAACAGAGACAGAAGUCACUGGAUUCAAUUUCUCUCUAUUUACAGGUGACUUGACGGCACAUGACCCCGAUAACCAAUAUUCUAGGGCUUUCGUCGAGCAGGCUCAGGUGGUCGUGUAUGAUUUAUUGAGGAAAUAUGUUGGACCUGCUCCCGUGUACGCUACUCUGGGAAACCACGAUACAUAUACGCAGUUCCAAAUGAUUCCAUACUACCUCGGUGGACCUCUGGGGAAACAAUUCAACUGGCUCUAUGAACAUGUGUCGUCGCUGUGGUACCACAAUGGAUGGCUUCCGAUGAAUUCCGUGGAGUAUGCACGAACCCACUAUGCGGCUUACAGCGUCAAGCGGCCAGAUGGACUGCGUAUCAUCUCGCUUGAUACGGAUAUGUGGUACCAAUUGAAUUACUUUAGUUAUGUGGACGCGACAACUCCUGACCCGUUUGGAAUUCUACGCUGGUUAACUGACGAACUACAGGAUGCAGAGGAUACCGGCGGACGAGUGUGGAUCAUCGGCCACGUCAUCAGCGGAUGGGACGGUACGCAGUCACAGCUCAAUCCGACGAAUUUGUUCUAUCAGAUCGUGGACCGAUUUUCUCCACACGUCAUUGCAAAUAUCUUCUAUGGUCACAACCAUGAAGAUCAAUUCUCCGUUUUUUAUGCAAACAAUGCGACGGUUAUAAACACGGAAACUGCUCUGGCUGUGUCAUGGAUAUCGCCUUCACUCACACCGCUUACUAACCUCAACUCCGGCUUUCGAAUGUACGAAGUAGACUCGGCAACAUUCGAAGUUUUAGAUGCCUACACUUGGAUCAGUCGCGUAGACGAGUUCCCAUCCCUUGAUAACCAGACGGACAUCGGACCUACGUAUUUCCUUGAAUAUAGUGCCCGUGAAGCAUAUGGAGGGAACAUUCCGUGGGGCACGAACGACCCACUGAACGCCACGUGGUGGCAUCUCGUGACUGAGCAGAUGGAAACAAACACAACACUUGGCCAGACGUUCCGGAAAUACCAAUCCAAGAGUUCCGUUCGAGCUAUACCCUGCAAUGAGACAUGUCUCACUGCGAGUAUAUGUUACAUGCGUAGUGGAUCUGCGAGUCUUGCGUAUGAGAACUGUCCUCGGGGAUACGGAUCUACCUAGUUGCUCUUCCGGUAUAGGUUGGUGCCUGUAUUGUAGAAUAGCAUUUUACAAAACAUUGACGAGAGUCGAGAGAG